AUGCCUUCUGGAAUAAUUCAUUUCGUGAACGAGACGGGGCAGGGUGAGAAUGGUGGGCCAAGCAAGAAAAGGUUGUCCCGAAUCAACUCUCACGUCGCGCGGUUUUCGCACCAACGUCGUAAAAACAACAGCAACAAUUCUGCCACUGUGAGCAGAACUCCGUCACCGUUGCAAGUCGACUUUGUCUUGGAAGGCCCCCAGACGGAAGGUUUUCUCCCAUCCAGCGACGUUCCCGAGCGUAUCACUUCAUAUCCAUCGCAAAAUGUAAAUCAAGCCGCACAUUCGACCAACAUUUUCCAUGUUGAGCUGCCUGAGCGCCGCCGCAGUACUGGGUCAACGGAGUCCGGGACGCAUAAAAGCAACAAGUUGACAAGGCACCGAUCUGAUCCUGUCGACCUUCGUCGUUUCAAGAAGGCGGGUGAAACCAACUCCAAAGACAGCGUCAGAAGACAUUCGGAUGGAGAGCAUCACCCCUUCUGCUCAUCACCUGAAAUAGAGUCUUUGGGUUCAAUCUUCGAACUCGGUGAUUCUAUUGGCCUGUACGAAAACGGUGAAGACUUUACCGACCUACAAACUCAGAUGUUCGGGUUUCACAGGGACGCCCUGUACUGCCCACAAAGAGUACCCGCGGCCCGGUCAAUACAAAAAUCUCGCGCGGCACUGCAUUGGAUUCUCAUCAUAGCUGAAGAGCAAAUGGCCAAACGCGUACACGAUCCCCCCAACUCGCUCAUUCUCCGCCAUUCAAUUCUGAAACGUAGAGCAAGCGGUUAUGGGAUGCUCAGGUCGCUGUUAAACAACGCCGACUUUGAUCUCGAGGGAGCUGUGAUGGCUUUGCGGUAUGCGAUAUCGGCUGAAUGCUACAUGAAUCACAAAGCAGCUGCUAUGGAACACUUGAAGGCGUUGGAUGCUUUACUACAACGACCUGGCGCCCUAGACCAUUUCGUCGUUAAUAUCGGCAAGACUGCACUGUCUCUCUCGACCCUCAAGAGAAUGUAUGUGUCUGUUCCUUGCAAGAUAAGGUCCUUCAGCGAUUUUGAGACCAUCAAAACCAUGGUUUUCCUCAGCUUGCGGCGCUUGCAGGCAUUGUCGAAGCAAAACCAUGCUGACCUGAUCCAUCACGCCUGCGCGACUUAUCUCAUCAGUACCGAAGGGAGCCACAAGGGUCAAAAUGUUCCCCAGGAGCAUGCUACAGAAUCUGCAGCACAACACUGUCUUCUUGAUCGUUACAUCACCAUCAAGAAGUCAACACUUUUCUCUACCUAUGCUUGCGAGACGAUGAACGCCGCGAGUGAUCCCAAAUGGAGAUUCACUUAUCAGGCAGGGCUCUUUGCGCUAUUUUAUGAUAUGAAUAUGACAUUGGCAAGCUUUGGAAGGAACAAUCUGGCUGACAAGAUCUUCUUCCUGGAAAAGCUCAAAUCUGUUUUAGAUGCCAGCUCCGCCAAAUCUCUAGGGGGGACCUCUGCACUAUCUAUUGUGGACUGGGUCCGCGAGCAAUGCUAUAGUGAGUGCUUCAAGAAGGACGAGGCUAUAUUCAAGGAAGUCGAUAUUUGCUCUUAUGAGAUGAACGGUCUCAAGAUCUUUGCGUUACUGGACACUGAUCUGCGAAUCCGUCUGACAGCAGCGUUACGAGCUUGGCUGUUGAUCGAUAUCAGCGUCGACAUCAACUUGGAGAAUCAGGAUAUGAAAGAGGAGGAUUUUGCGUCAAUGGAGGAACAAGUCACCAGGGCCUGGCGGAGCGAACAGCUGACGCCAAACUCGUCGCCAUCGCCAUGA